AGAGCAUCUUCAUACAAUGUCUUUCACCCCGCCUAUACUCUUAACCUGCUCACUAAUCUUCCUAUUGAGGUUAACAGAUCAUUUAUAACGCGCUGAUGAGUCUGUGUAAUUUAUUUUCAACAUGUGGUAUUGAAUAUGUGCCUUAAUAUUUUGUCUUUACAUGUACUGAAGAGAAUGAAUGAACCUUCUGGUGGGUGUCGUCAGGAGCUGCCAGGUGUUGGGCUUCUUCUAAUACGUAUUUUAUGUCUUGUAACCACAUUAAUAUUGGGAUUGUUGGUUAGGUGAGGAUAAGUUAGGGUCAAUUUGUAGAUUCGACCAACCAUGGCUUUCGAGUUGAGCAAUGUGUUUUUCCAGUGGCUUAGACAAUUUUAAGACACCCUUCUUCCAUGUUAUUACCCUUGCAAAUUACUUAAAAUUACCUAGCCUAACCGGGGAACUCCGCCCCCUCUGGAUCACCCUGUAUUUUUAAGUCAUUUGUGAGUGAAAUGUCAUGGAAUUGUCUUAAAAUUGUCUAAACCACCGGAAAAACAAAUUGUUCGGUAUUUAUUGUUAAAGUCAACCAGGCAAUUUCAGAAUUUGAAUUUUGGAAUCAGUAGUUUAGGCAAUUCUAAGACACUUCUUCUGUAACAUUUCUUCCGCUCAUGAUUACAUUCAGAGAAAAUCGCAAUAAAUUUGUGGAAAAUCUUAUUUUUUUUUAAGUUCUUGUUAAUGUUACCACCGCCUCAGAGAGCUCCUAUGUGUUGGUUAGUAUGCUGUAUUCUGCAUGCGCUAAAGUCUGGCACAUGCGCUGUUGUUCUUUAGACGUUAAUUGGUGGGUAUGGUUUUGAAUCGACCAAUCACAGCUCGGUAUAGCCCCUUCCCCCCGCCGUGACCCCCUUGAAUUGUAAUUUAUUUCCAAGAUGUCUCCCUUGUACAAUGGCUGUGAUGUUGAUUAUUUGCAAGCCAUUGCCAGAUUUCAUGUUGAAUAUUGCUGUAAGGAUGGCGAGGCGUUGAAAUUUCUCCAUGAACACUGUAACCAGCACUGUAGCUAUAAAGCUGACAAACAUCUGUUGUACUGUGGAAGGAGUCUUCUGAGUAAGGUGCAGGAGAACUCUCCAGGCCAACUUGCUGGUUUAGAAGCUUUCUUUGACUUUGUAGUCUCCAUUGGCAACACAAGAUUGGACCAGGACAAUGAUACACUUAAGGAACUACUCAAAAACUCAAUUGAGAAAGAACUGAAGAUGACAGUGUACAGCAGCAAGACUCAGACCAUCCGUACUGUGAACAUAACACCAUCCAACCUCUGGGGUGGCCAAGGGUUGCUUGGGGUCUCCAUCCGCUUCUGUUCAUUUGAGGGAGCCAAUGAAAAUGUUUGGCAUAUAUUGGAAGUGGAACCUAACUCCCCAGCUGACAUUGCUGGCCUUCAAUCCUACAAAGAUUACAUAAUUGGUGCUGACUCUGUCCUACAUGAGAGUGAAGACUUGUUCUCCCUUAUAGAGGCACAUGAGGGCCGACCCUUAAAGCUCUAUGUUUACAAUGUGGAGACAGAUUCUUGUAGAGAAGUGACUGUCUCACCCGACACUCAGUGGGGAGGAUCAGGAAGCUUGGGUUGUGGCAUUGGGUACGGUUACCUCCACCGCAUCCCCACACAACGCGGCGGACCAAUUACUGACACACCCAAGCGGUCACCUGGUGAUUCAUCUGAUACCGAGCCUCUAUUACAAGUGGCAACUGGAGAUGAUAUUGGGGCUCUAACCACUGGUGUAGGAAAAAUGAACACAACAGAAGGAGUACCAGCUACAAUGACUGCAGGAUCAACCAUUCCUCCACCCACUGCAUUUACAGCUGCUCCUGAUUCUCAUCCAGCAUUUGCAACUGCGACCGCAACUGCUGCUACCACUGCGGCUAUUCCAGCAGCAUCUGCUGCAGUUCCAAACAUUCCUCCUCCUGCAGCUUUUACACCAGCAUCAGUUCCUCCUCCUGUUGAACUUCCUGCUAGCUUUACCUCCCCUACUUCUACAGUACCCCCUCAAGUUCCAUAUACUACUUGUGCUCCCUCAUCUGUACAAGUUCCAGUUCAGACUCCAAGUGAAGUGCCAGUUGCAACCUUCAGCCAUGCUCCAGCUCAAACUCUGAGCAUGCAGGCUCCAAUACAAGCUCCUAACUUCUCACCAUCACCCAGUCCAAACCUUCCUCCAGUUUGUGUUCCUCAACUCAGCCCACUGACAAUGGGUGGUGCUCCAACUGUCCCAGUGAUGUCUAGUGGUAUACAGAUGACUGGGGGCCCAGAAGUUCCUGCUCCUGCAGGCCCUGUUCCACCUCCUGUGCCAGUCUGUCAACCAGUUCCUCUCGUCAGUCAGUACUACUCCUCUCCAGUCAUCCCUCCACCAGUUCCUCCUCCCACCUUUACAGGAACUCCAACAAUGCCAUCUAUUCCUGGGAUGCCAGUGACGACCCCUAUUACCCUACCUGGCAUGCCUCCCAUCACAGCUGACUACAUUAAAGUAAGUGCCACACUACCUCCAGAAUCCUUCCAGGGCAUCCCAAGCAACCCUCAAACUACAUCUCAGCCCCAGCCAGUCCAGUAACUGCUGCCAACCAAAUCAUUGACUGGAAGUUAGGAAGUAAAGCCUCUCCGAUUUUUUCACCAUUGGCAUAACUUCCAGUCCAUUGUUUUUACAUAUAGUUUAUAAGAAUAGAACCAUGCUGUUUAACUUCAGAGAUCUGGCACUGUUGUAUUCUGAAUGCUAAGAACAUUAUGCCAUUGGUGUUAAGUACAGUAAUGUUGACUUAUCACUUCACAGUGUAACAUUAGCCACAGUACGUGGUGAGAUAUAGUAGAAAUAUAAAAAGUUGAGAAAAAUACCCAAGAAUGAAGAAUGCAAAAAAAUUUAGAGUUAGGGCUGUUAAGGAGAUAUAUUUAAUGAACUUAAAAGAAACUAUUUAAAGAACUUCCUUUUAGAUAUUCAUCCCCCUUCAUAUGCCUAAUGCACAUACUGUACUGUACUCUGUCUUUUUGUAACUUUAGCUACAGUAGUUGCUCAAAGUAGAACGGAAAAAACCCUAAAAUUUGCACCAGAAGUAUGAUUGGUUAGGUUAUAUUAGUGAAGGAAGUAUGUAAAAAGUUAGUACUUUGACACCUGCUAAUGGAGAUCUGCAAGAUGUUUAUUCAUAUGUUAUCAUGGUAAUGGUAUUGUAUUACCUUUUAUAAACCACCAUAAUUUACCAUCUUGUUUACUUAAAUGUAAAUUGUCAAGAUGCCAUUAUUAAUUACUGGUAAAUUAAGAACUGCUGUACUGUAGUGUACAGAGAUUUGAGGUGAUGUUUUACCAUUAUUGAUGCUUUUGGCUGGUAAUGCUUCAUUUUGUAAAUAAAACUUUACCGAUAAUUUUUAGUAAAUUAUUUUUUAAUAAGGACUCUUCAUUAUAGCAGACAGUUAUAUAGAUACAUAGUAAGAUUAUUAUUAUUGUUAAUUGGUCAUUACAGCUUACACAAAAGUUUUUAUUAUUUGUAACUGCUUCAAAUUGGACAGGUCAUGUAGGCCCAAACUUAAUCUUUAUAACGAGCCCAGCCAUCAUGGGCCCCAGUCCUAAUGACCCUAGUCUUAAUGAUCAGGGUCUGUUGGGAAUGGAGCUUAUCUGAGCACCAAUUGCCAAGAAUUUUAGAAUUCAACACCUGUUCACGCUUACAUAUUGUCUUGCUGUAGGUUACCAUGGAGUUUUGCUUUACACGCUGGCCAUCAUUGGUCACAGGGAUGGCUGUUACCAUCAGAGGAAAUUUCAUGUUACAUGCUCUUCAUUUUUCCACAUUUGGUGGGAAAUGGGGAAUCCUUAGCUGCUAAUGAAAGGUUAAAGAUUAUGUCCUGAGAGUAGGAACUAGUGAGCUAGAAGAUUUUGAACUCCAUGAUAUCCUAAGCAUCAGUAUUGUUGUGCAUCUUGCCUCAGACAGCUGCAGGGUUGUAAUGAUAAGUGACUAGGGAAAGUAUCUUUACCUCAGGACGAAAGUGUUGCGAUUCCUUGAUAAGUUGUAGACGUGAAAUUUUAUGAGUUGGUAUUUCAGUAACAUUUCAACACAUUAAUGUAGAGUAGCUCAUUUUCACUAUAUAUAUAUAUUUUUUUUUUAUGGGGGUGCAAUGCUUUAGUGCAGAGGUAACACUGUAUUGUAUUGGCAGUAAUUUACCAUUUCCAUGCCUAUUUUUAUUUGGUUAUUAUUGUAUAAUUUUUUUCGUUUUUGUUAUUAAAAGACAUUUGCUUUAUUCCUGUAGAGCUUUUGGAGGCAUUGUAGGUGUACAGUCUGUAUAUUUAUAUUAAAUUUAUUUUCUUGUUGAGUUUUGCAAUUUAGCUGUCUGUAUAGUACAGUAUAAUUAUCAUAAAUUCUCUAAAAAGUUACAAAAAAUUUAUAUAUUUUACCUCUUAAUUUGACACUAGUUCUUAUUGUUUUGAAAAGAUGCUUGCUAUUUUUGUUGGCCAUGGAAACACUAUCAUGUCUUGAAAGAAGUUGAGGGAUAGCUUUUUCCUUUGAAGGGUUUUAACCACAUUCAGACUGCAGCACCACUUGUUGGUCUACCGCACAUUCUCAUAUGCACAUUCAAAUGGCAUUGGUUACAUAACGUUCCCUCCCCCCCUCCCUUUUUUUUUUAGUUUGUCUUCUAGGGCUUUCCUCUUUUUCCCCUUUAGUGUAUAUGAGGCACUUCAGGUGAGAAGUAGAUGAACGAUAAAGAAAAAAAAUGCCGGCAAACCCAGUUAAAAGGUUUAAAAGGAAAAUUUGAAGAUUUUAUUGGUAUAGUAUAGACAUCUUAAGCUGCUUUGUUCUCUCCCAGAGCAUCUCAUAUUUGAGAAGAUGAGACCCAUUCUUUUCCUUAACUAACAAGUAGAACUUCACUUGUAUCAUAGUCUAACCAGCAUGCAGGAUUUUUUCAACAAGUGUCUUCAGUAUUGGUGUACUUUAGGUCUUUUAAAGCAUGCAGAUGAUGUAAAGGGAAGAUGCUGUAUGUUGUGUUACCAUACAGUGAAUGUGUGAGUGAUGAAGUGUGUCACAUAAAGUCUCCUCCACUUUUCUCUUGAAGGAUUUUAGAUUGUUGUUGGGUCUUUGUUUCCAAUUUCCUUGUUUGGAUUUAUUGUUUUGAUACAUUGUAGUGCAACUAUUUAGAUGUAAAUGUCUACAGUAUAAAGUGCUUUAUUAUUCUUUCAUACCUAAUUGUAUGCAAAUAUGAAACAACUUGUUUAAUAUAUUGUAUAAUACAA